UCUUUUUAACGGCAACAUGAACAUUGUCAAUUAUGUAGCAUUGUUCAGUGCAGUCAUUCAGGCAUCCCAGACGUCACCUAUUUCGGACAAAUAUCAGCUGACGACAAAAAAGAAGCACCAGUUCAUCGAGACGGGACACUUGGUGGCGUGCCGCUUGAACGAGGACUGUGAAGGAGGGAUGUUUUGUGACACGCAUUAUGGUUUCUGCGACAAGCUGCGACUUAAAGGUGAACCCUGUCGACAAGAUAGUCAUUGCAAGGAUCGCUUGUUCUGCAUGUUUGGCGAAUGUCGAAACACUCCGAAGACAGGCCAAGAAGGCUCUCGUUGUGAACGGGCAGCAGACUGUCGACCAGGCCUGUGCUGCGCUCGCACCAAAAGCGAAAAGGUUUGCAAAUCCCGCCUAUCAUUAGGUGAAAGGUGUUAUAUACCUAAAGGCGGGAUCGAUUUCGUCCUUGAUGAGGUGUGUCCUUGCGAAGAAGGUCUAGUUUGCGGCUCGGUUUCACAACAGCUGGAUAUGACAUCUGCUUCUGUAGAGUCAUACGACCAUUUACGUUGCCGUCUACCUAAGGACUCGUCGGAUAAAACACAGGAAUUCGUCGAACUAACUUAAAGUUAUGCAAACAGUACGAGUGAUGUCAAAAUAGUUAGGCUGCGUAUUCACAUAGAUUGUGUCGUUUGACAAGCGUCUUCCCAGUUACCUGGCAGUACCCUAAAGACAAGUGCGUCGAUUAC